AUGGCAGUCCACACAGGUGAUCGUUUGGCCGCGCUGCGCGCGCAAAUGAAGUCGCAAGAGUACAAUGUCGACGCCUUCCUUAUUCCUUCUGAAGACUCUCACCAAAGCGAGUAUAUUGCUGACUGUGACAAACGCAGACACUGGAUCUCGGGUUUUACGGGUUCUGCAGGCUUUGCUAUUGUAUCGACCCACGAAGCAGCACUCUUCACCGACGGCAGAUAUUUUUUGCAAGCUUCCGAACAACUGGAUUCCAACUGGACCCUGAUGAAACAAGGACUUCCCGGUGUUCCAACUUGGCAAGAGUAUCUCGUUAAGAAUUUGCCUGCAGGCUCGCGCAUUGGUGUGGAUCCCAAGUUGAUUACUGCUUCGGAUGCUCGUCAACUUUCUUCUUCUCUUUCGACCGUGGGAUCUUCCCUCGUGGUGAUUCAUGAUAACCUUGUUGAUAAAGCAUGGGGCGCAGAACGCCCAUCAGCACCCAAGGAUCACGUCAUCGUUCAACCUAUCACGUUUGCAGGCAAAUCUCAUGCUGACAAGUUGGAGGAUUUACGCAAAUACAUUGUUGAAAAGGGAGCUUAUGGUGUUGUUGUUUCUGCUUUGGAUGAAGUUGCAUGGCUCUUUAACCUCCGUGGAUCCGAUGUCGAGUGCAACCCCGUAUUCUACUCUUACGCCAUUAUCAGCAAGGCUGAUGCCGUCUUGUACGUUGAUCCUGCAAAGGUGCCUGAUGCCGUCAAGGAACAUCUUGGUAGCCAUGUCACACUCAAGCCUUAUGAUGCCAUCUUUGAUGAUUUACGCAAGUUGAGCGAGACUCUUGCUGCUUCGGGUGAAAAGUUGAUUGCCAACUCAAAGACUAGUUUGGCUGUGGAAGUGGCUGCUGGCAAGGAUAAUGUACAAGAGGAGCGAUCUUUCAUUAACGAUGCUAAGGCUAUCAAGAACGAUGCUGAAUUGAAGGGUAUGCGUGAUUGCCAUUUGCGUGAUGCAGCUGCACUUGUGCACUACUUUGCAUGGUUGGAGAAUCAACUCAAGGCUGGUACCAAGUUGGAUGAAGUGGAUGGUGCUGAUAAGCUUGAAAGCUUCCGUGCACAACAAGCCGACUAUGUGGGUCUUUCCUUUGAUACGAUCUCCUCCACUGGUGAGAAUGGCGCUAUCAUUCAUUAUAAGCCUGAAAAAGAGACUUGCAAGGUCAUUGAUAUCAAGCAAAUCUACCUUUGUGAUUCUGGUGGACAAUACAAGGAUGGUACCACUGAUGUCACUCGUACAUACCACUUUGGCGAACCCACUGCCUACGAAAAGCGCUGCUUCACUCGUGUUCUUCAAGGUCACAUUGCUGUUGACAGUGCUGUAUUCCCACAAGGUACCACUGGUUUCCUCCUUGAUCCAUUUGCUCGCCACGCACUAUGGAAGGAUGGUCUUGAUUUCCGUCACGGCACUGGACAUGGUGUUGGUUCGUUCUUGAAUGUGCAUGAAGGUCCCCAAGGUAUCGGCGUGCGUAUUGCAUACAAUGACACACCUCUUGCUGUUGGCAUGACAGUCACUGAUGAACCUGGUUACUAUGAAGAUGGCAAAUUUGGUAUCCGUAUCGAGAAUGUGUUGAUCGUACGAAAGGCUGAUACACCUCACAACUUUGGUGAUCGUGGUUACCUUGGAUUUGAGCACGUGACUUUGGUGCCCAUUGGUCUCAAUUUGAUUGACAAGGAGUUGCUUUCGCCUGAUGAAAAGAAGUGGGUCAACGACUAUCAUGCCGAGUGUUUGGCCAAGAUUGGACCUUUGGUUGCUUCCGAUCCCGAUGCCGUUGCUUGGCUCAAGCGUGAGACUACUCCCAUUUAA